UCUCCCUCCAUUAUAUAGAUGGAUAUCUGCACAUUUGUUGAUGUGGAAAGAAAGCUCACAACAAAUUUCCUCAGUCCAUCCACACAGAACAAGGAAACAGAAGUUACAUUCAGAACAGGGAGGCAGAAGGUGCAUUCUGAAUUAUGGCAAUGGAAAUGGGUGGAUGGAGAGGCAUUUUGAUAUGGGGUGUAAUGUUAAGCUUGGCACAUGUGAUGGUGAAAAUAGCGAGAGCCAUAUGGUGGAGGCCUCGACAACAUACAAGGUGUUUUGAAGCUCAGGGUAUAAGGGGCCCUUCGUACAAACUACUGAGUGGCAAUCUACCAGAGAUGAUGAAGAUGAUGGAUGAAGCCAAAUCGAAGCCAAUGGAAUUUUCUCAUCGAAUAGUACCCCGAGUUCUGCCCCAUUAUUACGCCAGUGUUAACAAAUAUGGUGUGACUGUCUCUUCUUCAUUUUCAGUUCAUGGAAUAAUUAGUUGAAGUUAGUCAUACUUAACAAUCAGGCAGAUUUGUAAUUUUAUAAAUUAAGACUGUCUGUUCGAUCAACUACUGAUCAUUUUUCUAAUGUUAAAAAGUAGUCAGCAUUUGAUAAAAUAGCUGCUUAAGAUUUUCUAUUUUAAAAAGUAUGCAAAGCGAAAAAAUUUAAGCCCAGUGUUGAAGUUAGUCAAUUUUGAACACGGGGGUUCUUCGUAUACUGGUUUGGUACGAAAGCGAAGGUGAAUAUACCAGACGUGGAGCUCGUUAAAGAAAUUCUUUCCACCAAGUUCGGACACUAUGAAAUGCCGCCUCAAAACCGUAUAACGAGGCAGCUGCUGGGAGGUGGGCUCGGUUCUUUGGACGGCGAGGAAUGGGAAAAGCACAGAAGAAUAAUCAACCCAGCUUUCUACAUAGAACAGUUAAAGGGGAUGGUUCCCACAGUAGCGGACAGCGCUUCCGAUAUGAUAAAACGGUGGAAGGAAAGAAUCGGUCAUGAUUCAGAAAGAGAGAUAGAAGUGUCAAAAGAGUUUCGCGAUUUAACAGCAGAUAUUAUUUCCCGAACAGCCUUUGGAAGCAGCUAUGUUGAAGGAAAGCAUAUAUUUGACAUGCAGGUGGAACAAUGUAAUCUGAUUAUUGAAUCUAUUCGUACAAUUUAUAUUCCUGGUUUCGGGUAAGCUAGCACCUUAAUCUCCCUUUCAGUUUCCUUUUCAUUGGCAAGUACUUUGGAUAUCGUACAGUUUCUAUUCCUGGUUUUGGUCUAAGUGAUUGUUGGUGUUGUCCUAAGUUUUGUUAGAGGGUUCGUGGUCUCUGUAAAACGUUAAUUCAAGACGGUUAUUAAGGUUUUUGAGGUUAUAAUCAUGUCAUCUUUGUUUUGUUGCAUAAAUCCAGUUAAUAUGGAUCCUUCUUGUUUGGUUCCAAAGUCAUGGAAAUAUUUGCUUCGAUUGGUGAAAAAUCUCAUUAUCAUUGUCACUAUUGUUGGUAAUGUAGAUUCCGAGAUCAAUUUUCUGUCUUGAUUUCUUGAACCAUAUAAUUAAUCUCAUUAUUUGUUUACAUAAUGUUUGGUGGUGGGCUCGUUAGAUUGAGCUAGAUAACUUGAUCAUAAUCUCUGUUUGUUGUUGUUUUCCUUCCCAUGAAGACAAUUAGGCCACAAAUCUUGAUGAGCCCUUUUUCAAAAAAAUUGUCAUUUGAUGGGAACUAAUCAUUUAUGGUGAUUUUGCUUGCAAUCUACUUAGCUCUACUUUUCAACCUUCUGACCGAAACUUGAUGAAAGGCCCUUUGAACUCAUCUCUAUGUAGCCCCAAGAGCGGUGACCAUUGUACUUCUAAACCACAUUUACUCCUCACUGUCAUAAUGGCGAACGUGGUGCUUUCUGAACUAUAUUUACCUUGAUUUUAUGACACUUCCUUGAACAACUGUGUCAUUGUCUACUAUCAAAACUUAAAACUUAGGAGAUACAUAAAUGAAGCAAUUAAGACCAGAUGCCAAUUUGUUGCCCAUUCAAUCAUUGAUGUUACUUGAAUCAAUCAACACAAAUUCUCUUACCUUGAGAGUUGCUUAAUCAAUAAAGCAUGACAAGAGAUGGUUGCUCGAUGGAUGUCUCCUCUUUCUAAUCUUCAUGUUCUAAUUCCUGGUCGUCCUCUGUAUACAGUGCUCCUUCAAUGUAGAAUAACUUUUUUUGCACAUUUAUGCCAUUUACUGUAUAUGUAGUCACAGUUAAAGCAUUAUCCUUUGGUCUUUUAAUCUUCAAUUAUUAGGGUGUCAAUUGAGUUGGUGUUAAAGUAAAGAAAAUUUGUUUCUUGCUAGCUGUUUCUCCUUUGACCUGCGGGCUCUAACAUAACAUCAUUUACUGUAGGGAUCAAAUAACCUUGCAUCAUGUUAAAUGGUAUCCAUGGGACCUUCUAGAAAUAAGUCAAUCUUAUGCCCAUUUUGAAAAAUUCUCUGCUCACAGGCUCAAUGCCAGAAGAUUUUGUAUGUAAUUUGCAACAGUACCUAUCUAAGCUUGGCUAACCAAAUAAAUCAAUUACUCCACUACAAUUAACUAGCAUAAGAGGAGAAUUGUUACUCUCAUCUCUUGUAAUGAAAUUAAUUAGAGCAAGAGCUUAAUAGAAUCAAUGAUCAUAAAAGAUCUACAGAUAGCAAUAGUAGAAUUGCAGAAUAAAUGCUUAAACAUUAGUAUAGCAAAUCAACACAAUAAGUGGAAUGGAAACCUUAGAUUACUAGACGAAGCCAAUUC